AUGGCACACCUCGAAGCUUACAAACAUAUCUCACCGGACUCUGGCUAUCCCGUUACCCUCCAUCCAGCAUUCAACUCCAAGAUCGCCAACCAUGUGCCGCCAGAGCAAAUCCGACAGCAUUUGGAAGUCGACAAGGACCGGGCAUCGUUCGCAGAUCCCAACAAGGAAGCUCUGCUCAAAGUCGCCAGGAAGAUCGAUCUCGCAGAAUCAAUUGGCUCAGUCCUCGAGAACGUCCAGCUGUCUCAGCUAGAUUCUAAGCAGCUCGACGAACUCGCUCUCCUGGUCACUGAGCGAGGUGUCGUCUUCUUCCGAGAUCAAGACCUGACGACCGAGAAGCAGGUUGAGCUCUUCCAGCAUUUUGGCAUUCUCGACAGACAUCCGGCACAGAAAGACCAGAAGCAUGUGGUCAUCAAAGGAAGCACUCAAGACCAUCGGCAGAUCGCUAAUUACACGCCGUGGCCUUCUGGGGACUUCCACGCAGAUACGUCGUUUGAGAUCAAUCCACCUUCGUAUUCAAUGCUACGAAUGGAAGAGCACCCACCAGUUGGCGGCGACACGGCGUGGCUGUCCCAGUAUGGCCUUUACGACGCUCUCAGCGAUGCCAUGAAGAAGCAUGUGGAUGGUCUACAUGCUGUACAUACCUCACGAUUGCAGUACGACACGAUCUUAGACCUCUGGGGUGCUGGUCCAAAUCGACCGCCAAUUGACACACAUCAUCCUGCCGUACGAACCCAUCCUGUCUCUGCACUGAAAGCUCUGAACGUAAAUUUGGGAUUCGUCACCGGGUUCGCGGAAUUGAAGAAGAAAGAAUCAGACUAUCUGCUGCAAUUCUUUGAACAUCAUCUUCAUUCUGCAGACGAUCACGCCGUACGUUGGAAAUGGGAAGUUGGCAGUGUAGCAAUGUGGGACAACAGAUGUACCGUCCAUCGAGUAAUUCCGGGCUUCUACACAGCAGGUUCCCGCAAAGGCAUUAGAACGACUGUGUUUGGGGAAAAGCCAUAUUUCGAUCCAAACAGUGAGAGUCGGGAAGAGCGUCUCAACAGAGAACUUGCGGCAUCGAAGACGAAGGUCAAUGGAAAUCAUGCAACAUCGGAGAUCCCCGCGUGA